GGAAUGGGCUGGAACAAAGAGAGUUAAAAGCUGUGUCAGCUGCCAGUCUGGGGCAGACGGACAGGACAGACGGAAGGAGGGGGACUGGCGGGGCGGCAUGACAGGUGGCUGAGAAGCCAGGUGGACGGGGGAGCACUGGCUGGCCGGUGGAUCGGCUGACAGACAGAUAACAGAGACACAGGCAGCUGAGCCGGCCACAGCCACAUGGAGGGCCCGGCAGGCAGAGGGACCAGAACCUGGAGGUGGCUGGCCAUGGGGCCCAGCUUCCUUGUGCUCCUGUGUGUUAUUGGGCUCAGCCACGGGGCCUCAGAGAAGAUUUAUAACGGCACGGAGUGUGACCCUCACUCGCAGCCGUGGCAGGUGGGGCUGUUUGAAGGUGUCAACCUGCGCUGUGGGGGGGUCCUCAUUGACCGGAGGUGGGUCCUCACAGCUGCUCACUGCAGCGGCAGGUACUGGGUGCGCCUGGGGGAACACAGCCUCAGCCGCCUGGACUGGACGGAACAGAUCCGGCGCAGCGGCUUCUCGGUGACCCACCCCGGCUACGAGGGAGCCCGGAGGAGCCACGAGCAUGACCUGCGGCUUCUGAAGCUGGGCACCCCCGCCCGCCUGACCCGCAGUGUCCAGCCCCUGGCCCUGCCCACCACCUGUGCAGUGGCUGGCACCGAGUGCCACAUCUCCGGCUGGGGCACCACCAACCGACCAUGGAGUAAGUGGGCCCUGGGGUCCGGGGUCAAAAUGGGCAAAAGUCUGGGUAUAGGGUGA